GUGAGUCUGGUCUGCUAUUCGAGCUUAGCUCACUGCGAUGGAUGGAAAGAUUGCAAGGCAAACAUUUCUAAAGGCUUCUGAUUAAACCAAUCACAACGUGGUGCCAAUAAGAGUCUGCUAACUUGCCGUCAAAACGUUGCACCAAUAACCGAGUGUCGGUGAAACUGCUUUUUUUUUGUCGAAAGAGCAAGACUUUUUUGGCACUGAUUUUUCUAACCGCGUGUAAAGUGAUGGAUGGAGCACUGGACGCCCUGGAGCACAGUAUUACAGCACUGCUCAUUCACACUGUUUGAUGGUUAUGUAGUGUGAACUAAUACGGUCAAACUGCUGUACACCCUACACCCCUAAGCUAGGGCAGCGAACCGUGGAGUAUCUUUCUGUAUAAAAAAAAAAACUCUGAUACAAAAGUUGAGUGGAAACACGAGAGCAGAACACCAGAGCAACGAACUGUUAGUGGGUUUUUAUUGGACAUUCUCCUUGUUAGUGCGUUGUGUAUUGAACUACAAAGUUAGCCACGUUUUGGUACUUGGUGUACAGUUAACUGGAUUUUGAAGCGAAGGCCUGAAGUUGGUUACAAACCUAUGCCUCACUUGUGUGCCCCGACAGCAAGCACCGUGGUAGAGCUGGGAGUUCCGAUUUAGCCGUGACGAUGCUUCUUUGAACGGUACAGAUUUGCGUCUAUGACAUGGUAAAGGGUUCCCAACCAUUCGGGCAGAACGUUUGCCAGCCAUCUCUCCAUAUUGAUACUGUCAGAAAUAUAUACCAGAGAUUGGUUGCAGAGAGAGACUACUCUCAAGCUUCCUACAUCCUCGGAUCAUGACAGACGUCUCAGGAUUUAGAACUACUCGGGACGGAGACGUCCAUGUGAUGUAAGAUUUUAGAGCUGAUGAACAUCUUCUACUGAUGAAAGACAACCUAACCACUAAACAUGACUGAGUUGAUUGUUUGGGUCAAUGGACGCGAGAAGCGCCUCUCAGGAGUUGCGCGUUCGACCACGUGUCAUGACGUAGUUGCACUUCUACUACGAGAUCAUUUACGUGCGGAUGAUAUACUACCAAGUUAUUGCGAAUCAUUCUCUCUGUUUGAACGCUGGAGGGGGUGCGAGAGAAUACUAAGCCCACGAACAAGGCUAUACAAACUAUGGAAGGCAUGGGGACAUGAACAGAAGAAUGUAUGUUUCACGCUGAAGAAAUCUACACCAGGGGAACCACACCUUGAGAAAAUCGGGGACGAGUUGAUUGGCCAUGGUGACCGGAAAUCGACAUCGGGUAACCGCAUAAUCGGAAAAGUGCCGAUUUCGGUUGAUGAGAGUCGAAAGAGAGUUCGGCAUAGCACUGUGAGACCCUUGCGGGUUACUGAAAAAGCUCACCGUAAAAGUGACUCGACUCUUAGUGUUCGGCGAAAGGAGAAAACUCGAAAAUCGAAAGCGAACAGUCGAAGUAAAGUUGAGCCCAAAGGGGAACUCGAUUCUCUAGUCCACACGGUUGUCAAACAAAAUAAACGCUUGCAGGAACUUCUAGAGAAAGUGAGUGAAAUCGAUUCCGAAAUCGAAUUCUAUGAGACCAAAGCUCACAUUCUCAGAAUCGAAGAAAACGGGAAGAAUUAUGUUCAGGAGGCGUAUCUUAACUCGCGUCUGGGUGACAGCAGCCAAUCAGAUGAUGCUGAAGAUAAUUUAUGCGAACUUGUGACCAAUGGGUGUUCAGAUUUAGAAUCGUACAUCUCAUUAUACGAGCGGUUAUUAGAUGUUGAGUCUCAGUUGUCUACUAGAAGAGGUGAGAUUGCAGACUUAUCGGGAACCAUUGAGAGGCACCAUAUUAGUCAAGACACUGUGAAGAACGUGUCUGGGAACCAUGCAGGGUUGGGUAAUGAGCCGGGGACCACUGACAACGCUCCUUUGGUAAUAACCGAUGAUGAAAAACACAUGGCAGAUCACCAGCGAGAUAUUGGUCUGGUGCGUGCACAAUUGGAAUGGUACACAGACGUGUGCAUUGCACAGAGAUCUGAAAUAACAACCAUGCACAACCAGCUGGCAACAGCCGAAACACUCUAUAACGACAAAUGCCAUUGGCUGGACAUACUCUUAAAGGAACUCAAACGUCUUGAAAUCAGCUCGAUAACCGAACCGCCCUCUAUCGGUGAAAACAGUUUAGGACCACAGAAAAUAAUAUGUCUUCCAACCGAAGAAUGUGAUGAUAUCGAGCUGGAAGAAUCAAAAAUAGACGAUGGACAUGAUAGUGGAAUAAGCGUUAGUAGUCCCGACGAUACCACGACAUCGAAACAUCAGUGUCGAUUUGAAAUCGAUACCACAACAUCGAAACAUCAGUGUCGAUCUGGAAUCGAUACUGAUUCAAGUUCGGAUACUGGACUCAGCUCAUUACAUAGUCAAGACGACAUUGAAAACCUACCAGUUGUGGCAGAAACUCUUGUGUAACAUUGUUCAUCAAAAUGUUUUUUCAUUUAUUUGUAAUAGUUACAACUAAUAGUAUAUGAUUUCAAACAUGGCGGGAGUAUAAUUAGAUGAGGUUUGCGAUAAAACUAUGGUGGAUAGAAUUGAGUUGUUAUUAUUAUUAUAGUUG